UCUGUAGCUUAACAAAAUAUAUUUCUCUCCCUUACAGCUGAUGGCAUUGCACUUGGUGCAGCAGCCACAACCUCUCACGCUGAUGUGGAGUUGAUAGUCUUCCUGGCCAUCAUGCUGCACAAGGCACCAGCGGCCUUUGGCCUCGUCACUUUUCUCAUGCACGCAGGCCUCGACAGGAACAGAAUACGAAAGCAUCUGUUGAUCUUCUCGUGCGCAGCGCCGCUACUCGCUGUUUUGACCUACUUCGGGAUCGGGAACGAGAGUAAACAGACUCUCAGUUAUUUUAACGCUACAGGUAUAGCAAUGCUGUUCUCAGCAGGUACGUUCUUGUACGUGGCCACAGUCCACGUACUCCCUGAGUUAACACACCCACACUCGCACACGCACGCGUUGUUACCUGCCGCAGAUGGUGUUCCUCCCAAGAGGGCUCGCAGCGGCCUGCUGCCCUCUGAGGUCCUGGUCCUCACUGUCGGUGCUAUGUUACCAGUUUUACUUACAUUGUCGCAUAAGCAUUAAAAAUGGAAGCGUUGAUGUUUUAGAUGGUGACAUUCUUAGAUUUUUCCAUAUGAAAAAUGGACUUUUAUUUAUAUUUUUGAGAUAUAUUUAAGUCGGUCGUAUUUAUGAACACUCUUGUUCCGUUCUUUUUUUUGUUUAGAGGGGAAACAAAUUUGGAUUUUUUUCUCUGAUGAUUUGAUAUUCGCAAUAGUACAACUAAACGUGUGUAUUAUAUUUUUUAAUGAAUGUCCACAAUGCUCUCCAUAAAUAUGAAGCUUUU